AUGGAACAAUGUUUGAGAAAGCAAGGUGUCGUGAAUCGGGACAGGAUCAGUCAGUUUCCUGAAGCUUUGCUUCUACAGAUAUUGUCUAGGCUUCCAACAAAAGAUGCCAUAGCCACGAGUGUUUUGUCUAAGCGAUGGCGAUCUAUUUGGAAGAUGGUGCCGAGGCUCGAGUUUAACUCUCACUAUCAGAACCUGCAUAAAUUUUCAGAGAAUGUCGCCAGGUCUUUGCUUUUACACAAAGCUCCGAUUUUGGAGAGUUUGCAUAUCAAAGUUACUGAUAGACUUGAAGGAAGAAGUGAAAGUGAUAUAUAUAUCGGAAUAUGGAGUGGAAUUGCCUUUGCACGGCAUGUGCGUGAGUUCGUGCUCCAUCUCUUCUUUAAAAGACCCGUAAGAUUUCCGAGUAGCAUGUUUAACUCUAAUAAUACACUUGAGACCUUGAAACUCAAGUGUUCUGUUCGUCUCGAUGUUCCUUCUCGAUUUUGUAUGAAGUCCCUCAGAACUCUUCACCUUCUUUCUGUGGAUUUUAUAGACAACAAGUCUAUCCGCUACCUUAUAUCUGGCUGUCCUAAUCUCGAAAAUUUGGUCAUAGAUCGAGGUUACCCUAAUGUUGUGCGGACAUUCGUUAUCUUGGCACCGUCCUUGAAGACACUAUCAAUCAAAGAUUACGGUCGACUAGAGGAUGGGGGAUAUGUGAUCACUGCUCCUUCUUUGAGAUACUUGAAAAUUAAAGAGUUUAGUCAUUGCGGUUGUUGUUUGAUUGAUAAUGCGCCAAUGUUAGUGGAGGCAAAUAUUGGAAACGUUUCCUAUUUAGCCAAUGAGACAAUUCUUGGAUCGCUCAAGUCAGCCAAACGUCUUUUCUUAGACUUAUCACCGUUAGAGAUUACAUAUCCUACUGGAACUAUCUUCUAUCAGCUAGUAAAUCUAGAGAUGGAUACACGUAAAGCUGAGUGGUCGAAUCUACUUGCGCUCAUGCUCGAAAGCUCUCCUAAACUACAAGUCCUUAAGCUCACUGAUGUAAGAUUUCAACCUCUGGAUUUAAACAAAGUUGGUGUGAUCGGCGGGAAAUGGAAUCAACCCAAGAAUGUUCCCGAGUGUUUGUUGUCUCACCUCAAGAAGUUUGUGUGGAAAGGAUACGAUUGGGAAAGAGGAGAAGAGAAAGAGGUGGCUACAUACAUUCUAAAGAAAGCUAGCCAAUUGAAGAAUGCAAUUUUCUUCACUAGUUCCAUUCAAUCCAAAGAGCUUAACAGGUUGGAAGAGAGAUGUCAGAUGAUUAAGGAGUUAGAUGGUGUGGUUAGGGCCUCAAGUUCAUGUCACCUUGAGUUCGUCGAAUGGUAG